AUGACCACUACAGCUGCACCUACACACUGCAUCACCGCAACAGCUACACCUACACACUACAUCACCGCAACAGCUACACCUACACACUACAUCACCACAACAGCUACACCUAAACACUGUAUCACCGCAACAGCUACACCUACACACUACAUCACCACAACAGCUAUACAUACACCACAACAGCUUCACAUAUACACUACAUCACCGCAACAGCUACACCUACAUACUACAUCACCGCAACAGCUUCACAUAUACACUACAUCAUCCGCAACAGCUACACCUACAUACUACAUCACUGCAACAGCUACACCUACAUACUACAUCACCGCAACAGCUACACAUAUACACUGCAUCACCACAACAGCUACACCUACACACUACAUCACCGCAACAGCUACACCUACAUACUACAUCACCGCAACAGCUACACAUACACACUACAUCACCGCAACAGCUACACCUACACACUGCAUCACCACAACAGCUACACCUACAUACUACAUCACCACAACAGCUACACCUACAUACUACAUCACCACAACAGGAACACCUACACACUUCAUCACCGCAACAGCUUCACAUAUACACUGCAUCACCGCAACAGCUACACCUACAUUCUACAUCACCACAACAGAUACACACUACAUCACCGCAACAGCUACACCUACACACUACAUCACCGCAACAGCUACACCUACAUACUACAUCACUGCAACAGCUACACCUACAUACUACAUCACCGCAACAGCUACACAUAUGGACUACAUCACCUCAACAGCUACACAUACACACUACAUCACUGCAACAGCUUCACAUAUACACUACAUCACCGCAACAGCUACACCUACAUACUACAUCAAUGCAACAGCUACACAUACACACUGCAACACCGCAACAGCUACACAUAUACACUACAUCAUCACAACAGCUACCCCUACAUACUACAUCACUGCAACAGCUACACCUACAUACUACAUCACCGCACGCUACACAUAUGGACUACAUCACCACAACAGCUACACACUGCAUCACCGCAACAGCUACACCUACAUACUACAUCACCGCAACAACUACACAUAUGGACUACAUCACCGCAACAGCUACACAUAUACACUACAUCACCACAACAGCUACACAUAUACACUACAUCACUGCAACAGCUACACCUACAUCCUACAGCUACACUACCAUCCCCACGUUUAG